AUUUCCGUAAAAUUCAGAGGUAAACGAUACAUUUUUGUCAAUAAAAAAUAUACAUUGAAAAUAUUAAAAUUAAACUAGAAGAAUUAACUUUAAAUGAAAAAAUUAUUAUAUCAAAUUUUAUUUAAUUAAUAAUCAAAAUUUAUUAAUAGUAAUUGUUAGAGAAAAAUGAGGAGGUAGUACAAAUGGGAAUGCCACCUUCAUCAGUCAUCGUCAUCCUCCAAAUGCAAGCCCCGGCCAGGAGUAUCAGCCUUGCGGUCUUGCUGAACCGUUCGCGGUCCAAAAUUUCCAGCUUCCGCCGAGCCUUCUCAUCCUCUCCGUCUUCAUCUCAUCACUCAAACCAGUCCCGCGGCGGCCUCCCCCGCUUCUACUCUGAGAUCCUUCCUUCUUCCAAGGGUAGUGUUGUUCGUGUGAAUGGAGAUGAGUUUUGGCACAUGACUAGAGUAUUAAGAUUGAAUGUUAAUGAUAGGGUAGAGCUAUUCGAUGGAAAUGGAAGCUUAGUUGAAGGAUGCAUACAGGACAUUGAUCAAUCUGGAUUGAACUUUGUGGCGUUAGAGAAUCCCAAGUCGGUAUCUCCUUUGGAGACUCAAUGGCAUGUCUUUACUGCUUUUGGAACUCUAAAGGGAGGUCGGGCUGAUUGGCUUGUGGAGAAAUGCACUGAGCUGGGGGCCCACAGCAUUACUCCAUUGUUGACAGAACGGUCUCCUUUGGUUUCAGGAAACCGGGUGGAGAGAUUACUACGUGUCAGUUUAGCAGCAGCUAAACAAUGUCAACGGCUGCACAAAAUGAAUUUCAACCCUCCUAUGAAAGUUACUGAGCUCUUACCUCAUGUCAAAACAUCGGCACUAUCAUUCAUUGCUUUGGCGGAGGCUAUGCCUAUUUUCAGUGCAUUGAAUUCUCGAAGAAAAGAAUCAACUGGAUUGUUGAUUGUAGGGCCAGAAGGAGACUUCACUGAGGAGGAGAGAAAGAUGAUAGUUGAGGCUGGUGCAACUGCAGUAGGGCUUGGGCCACAACGCCUACGAGUUGAAACUGCCACGGUGGCACUCUUGGCAACAUUAAUGUUUUGGUCGGACGAUCGGCUUGUCUAGCAGACAACAACAGUGUAAAAGAUUCACUUUUGACACAUGAAUGUUUAUCACAUAAAGGGCAAUUAUGACUUGUGAGAUUUAGAUUUUAUUCGAAGGAGAUAUGGUAUGGUACUAUGGUACAGAGUAUGCUGGAUAAGUAUGGUUUUGUCAAAGUUCAUUAGCCUCAAUGCAUCAUUGCCUUUUGGUUUGGUAUUUUGUAGUUUUACAAAAAUGGUUUCAUAAAAUAAAAUGCUAAGAUGUUU